GAGGUUGAUGAGUUUUUGAAACAACAAAAAAGCGCGGCAGUUCGUGGCAGCUGGAAAAGUGGGUGACGCGCCAGAACCAGCAGGUCUUACGUGAAUCUUUGGAUUGAAAUCUUAUUUAUAAUCAUGGAUGACGGAUACUAUCAUGGUAUCAAUAAGCUAAAAAAGCCAGCCACCAAGGUGAUGGCACCUCCUGGUGGUCAAACACAUAUCAAUGUAUUUUCGACACCAGAACCAGAAGGACAAAAGCCAAUUAACAAAUGUCAAGAGGCUAGGAGUAAAUCAAGUGUAUUUGCUGGACCAGAGGAAAUGAACCCAUCACGUGAAGUGUCUCCACCUGUUAGACAAACCAACACCAGUACUUCAGAUGAUAAAGCUGGACAACAUACGUCAACCAAGGUUUUGGCACCUCCAGGUGGAAAGAGUAAUUUUUCAAUAUUUGAUGCCCCACAAGAACAGGCAAAACCACAAGCUGCCCAGCCAAAGAAGCAGGCUGCUCCUAGUUCAACCCAGAAUAUUUUUGGUGGAAGUGCAGCUGACCAGCCAAAGAAGCAGGCUCCUGCGAGCACAAGCCAAAAUGUAUUUGGAGGAGGCUCAAGUGAGGUAAUUGGGCAAAGAGCAAGGAACAGGCAGCCCCCUGGUGGUGCAUCUCAUAAUAUCUUUGGCUAGGUUGACACAUAUCAUGUCUUGUUUGAUGCACUAUCUAUGUAGACAAUGUUGGACUAUUCCCAAGCAUCUUAUUGAAAGAACCAAGUUUUAAAGGAGCUGUAUUUAUUGCAACUAAAAUCUUUUAGCUUUUUUGCAUUAGAUCAUCUAUAAAGUUUGGCAAGUUUGCCAUAUGUCAUCUCAAUUGCAAUGACUGUUGACUGCAGUAUGUAGUUUAAAUUGUGUUAUGUUUAAACCUGUCUCUUACCAACCCUAUUCAUUUUAUCAUGCUGGUUCCUGCCUCUAGUAAAAAGUAUCCUAAGGUUUUAAGUAACUUCAGUUCCCAUUGAAGAUUUGCAGAAAACCACAAAUGGCCCUUGGAAACCUAUUAGUUUAUUUCAAAAGCAUUUAAUGAAAGCAUUUCAUCUCUAGGCAUAACCUUUGAUUCUAUCUCUUAAAUGAGUUGUCGCUCUCUAAUAGCAGAGCAAUUAUUCCAACAUCGUGCAAUAAUAAAUCAGAUUUUUGUCAUCAUGCUUUGAGACUUGUUUGUCAUUGUAAGCACAUAAUUUGUGUUAAAUUUGGGUUAAUCUAAAUUAUUUGUUUCAGAAAUGUUAAGUAUUUUUUGUAUGAGCGAUCAAUGCUAUUGUGCGUAAAGUAAAAUAUGUGAUGAUCAAUGAAAUCAAUUGAAA